AUGGCUUUUGCUCAUUACUUGGUCGCCGUCCCAGCUGAACCCUCAAAUCUCACAAAAGCUGCGCUCUUUAACACCAACCUUCCUCCUCGUCCUCCUCGUAAAAAAAAUUACUCUGAUUUAGCCUUCUUUUCUCCUUCUCUUAAAACUAAAGCACGCAAGCUCUCCGUAUUUCCCAAAUUCCAUCGAAUUGGACGCAAAGCUAAGGCGAAGGCGCAAGAAUCAGAAGUGAGUUUGGCAGCUGAAUCUUUUACUAAUUUCAAGCAUUUGUUAUUGCCAAUUACUGAUAAGAAUCCGUAUCUGUCCGAGGGAACUAGACAGGCUGCUGCAACUGCUGCGGCAUUGGCAAAGAAAUAUGGGGCUGACAUAACAGUUGUAGUUAUUGAUGAGAGGCAGAAAGAAUCGUUGCCUGAGCAUGAAACCCAAAUGUCUAGCAUUCGCUGGCAUCUAGCUGAAGGUGGGUUCCAGGAAUUCAAGUUGUUGGAGCGACUUGGGGAAAGAAACAAGCCCACUGCAAUAAUUGGUGAGGUUGCUGAUGACCUAAACUUGGAUUUGGUAGUUGUGAGCAUGGAUGCAAUCCAUUCCAAGCACGUGGAUGCAAACCUGCUUGCUGAGUUCAUCCCCUGCCCUGUCUUACUUUUGCCUUUAUAA